AUGGGAUCAAGUGCCUCAAAACCAGAACAAACUAAGGUUUUUACCCCUGCUACUCCAGUGGAAUUUUCCCAAGAGUUCCUCAACCAACUUGAUAACUCAGAAGAAUCAAACUACGCUCGCUCACAAUUGUCUGAGAAAUUCAUUCAAAAAGAAGUCUCCAAAAAACUUGCAGAUUUACAAAAAGAAACUAAUGAAUCAUUGUCCAAGACUCUUUCAUCUAAGUUGGAAUUGACCGACUCCACUCCUGAAAUAUCAUCUAGCAAGUUGGAUGCCAAAAUAGAAGAAUUGACUCAAAAACUAAACACUAUUAACUCCAAUAAAUUUUUCCAGGAUAGAAUCUCUAAAGAGGCCAAUACUACCGUGUCCAGCUCCAGAGAAGAAGUUUUGAAGUGUUUGAAGGAUAAUAGUGAUAAGCCAUUGAACUGUUGGGAUGAGGUUCAAAAAUUCAGAGGUUUGGUAAAAAAACUCUAG